AUGGUAGGAACGGGGGCCGGCGCCAUCAGUCUCUCGUUAGCUGGAACCGCAGGGCUCGUAAUGUUCUUCGUUGGACUCUUCUUGUCGAUGGUUGACGAUUUGGGUGGGGAGAACGUGCGUGACUUCGUGACCGGAGUUUGUUGCCGAUCGUCUGCUCCUCGAAAUGGAACGGGCUUCGAGCGAGGCGCCUGUAAGACUUGGACAUUGGACGAUCAGAACUGGGAUCCUAAGCGAACUCGCGAGCUCGUGAAGGAAAACUUGGAAGACGGGGCGUUCGACUUCUGUAUCACAUAUUUCGGGUCCCAGUUCAUCAUCCAAGUUCUACGCUACAGCGACUCCUUCUUUCAGCCGGAUUCGGUCCAGCCGUAUGCGGUCAUAUUCAACAUGGGGUUGCAUCACAUAUUCUAUGGGCAAGGCCAACUGUCUUAUCAGAAUGACUUGGAGAAAUUGACCAUCCAAGUGACGCAGAUACUUGAGCAACAAAACGCGUCGCGGGCGAUCAACGGGACGACAGGGCUCCCCUUGACCAAGUUUAUCUAUCAUACGAUGACGGCUUACGACGAGGAACGAUUCCCUUACCUCGAUCCAAUCCGUCGAAACGAGCGGACGGACCUUUUUGUCAGGAUUCAGGAACGGCACUUUGCUGACAACAAAGUGUGGAAAGUAGUCGACGCCAAUAGAUUGACGAAGUAUCUGGACAAAAGACACGUGUGGCUGCAAGUGAAGCACGGAGACGGCAUACAUCCAACAAAGCCUUUCUAUCAAACAAUGGCGUUGCUGGACUUCAACUAUGUCAUGAGAGAUCUUGAGAGCUUUUGCACGAAUGCAGACGAUUUGGAAUACAAGGAGUUUCUCAUCGAUCACCAGGACAAAGAACUUGAGGCAAACAUGAGAAAGAGACACGGCUGGGGACUGUAUAGCAACUUUGCACGUUAA